GGUGGCAGCUGUUCAACACCUUGGACUGGAUCAAAGAACACGGCUGACACGGCCCCAGAAUGCCAGCUCUCAGUCUGGUCACUCUGGUCAGCUUGGUGUCCACUGUUUUCACCAAGCAGCUGGAUGCACACCUGCCCCAACACCAGCACCAACACUGGGCACAGAUCUGCAGCGGGAACCCCACCAACCGGAUCCGCGGCUGUGACAAAUACGGCUGCGGGAAUUUCGGUGCUCACAGGCACGGUGGCAAAGGCAAGCACGUGGGUGUGGAUGUCAUCUGUUCCGACGGAGCCACGGUGUACGCUCCUUUCAGCGGACAGCUCUCGGGACCCAUCCGCUUCUUCCAUAAUGGAAAUGCCAUUGAUGAUGGAGUCCAAAUCAAGGGAGCAGGUUACUGUGUGAAGCUUGUCUGCAUUCACCCCAUCCGGUACCAUGGCCAAAUCCAGAGAGGGCAACAACUUGGGAAAAUGCUGCCAAUGCAAAAAGUGUAUCCUGGAAUUAUUUCUCAUAUCCACGUUGAGAACUGUGACCACUCUGAUCCUACUCAUCUGCUUACACCUGCUGUUCCACCAUCAGCACAACGGGACGGGCGCUGGGCUGCAGUGUGUGCAGGGAACCCUACCAACGAGAUCAGAGGCUGUGAUAAGUAUGGCUGUGGAUACUAUGGAGCUCCAAGACGCGAUGGCAAAGGGAAGCACCAGGCAGUGGAUGUCAUCUGUGCUGACGGGGCCACUGUGUAUGCUCCCUUCUCUGGCCGGCUCUCUGGGCCUGUUAAAUUCUUCCACAAUGGAAAUGCCAUUGAUGAUGGAGUCCAAAUCAGGGGAUCAGGAUUCUGUGUAAAACUACUCUGUAUCCAUCCCAUAAAAUACAAUGGUGUGAUUUCCAAGGGACAAGUCCUUGGGAGAAUGCUGCCGAUGCAAAGAGUAUUUCCUGGGAUCACAUCGCAUAUUCACAUAGAGAACUGCGACCACUCGGAUCCUACAAGCAAUCUUGAAAGGGGGAAAGGGCAAAGAGAUUGAAAUGGAAAUGCAGUAAAUUCCAAAUAAAUCCAUCUCAGCAUCCAAAAGUUGUUUUUCUUCCCAUACACAACCGUUUAUAUUAUCACCUAUUCAAUACUUUGAGCUUUAUACAAGCAACAUCCGUUGGAUGGGACUCACAAAACAAAAAAAGAUGUGAGUUUUUGUUGGAAUUUGCAUUUACCAGAGAACCAGGAAAUUAGCAAUGACUAGCUGUAAGCUUUCUCAAAGUCUGAAAAAUCAGCUAAAAUGCAAAGUGCUUACUCCCUCCUGUGGCAGAGAAGGCACAUUCCUGUCAGCUUCUCCCCCAGGCACCAGCUAGCCUCACUUGU